UAGUAGUGAAGUGUUUGGAACUUGAGCGAGAGUGGGUUUACACACACACACACACACACACACGUUGGCUUUUAAAUAUAUGUAUUAAUAGCACGUCAGCUUCGUGUGCAGACGUUUUCUCAAAACUGCCGGAUUGUGUGAAUGUGGAGAAGAGAACUUUUUUUUAAUAUCCGCCUCCACCGGAGCGACUUCGACUUCUAACCAAGUGGACUUUCUGGAGACUCUUUAUGCUGCAGCUUGACCCUCGACUGCAUCGUAGAGAGGGAAACCCUAGUGUGAAAAGUGUCCGUCCAUUCAUCAUCCUCGUACUGGAAGCUGCAGGAUGGCUAGAAGACUCCCCAUCUCCUUGUUGCUUCUUGCCGCUUUCUGCCUGGCGUCUGCAGGGCCAGUGUUUCGCAGCCCGUGUGAGCUGCUGCCCGUGGGGACCGGACACCCAGUGCAGGCCUCGUUGAAGAGCUUCACGGCCUUGUCAGGCUGCGCCAGCCGGGGAACCUCCAGCCUCCCUCAGGAGGUGCACAUCAUCAACCUGAGAGGACGUGUUCCAGAGGGACCAGGCAACACCCCGGCUGAAGUUGAGCUGCAUCUGAAGCCGAUCCAAUCCCUGCUGCGCCACCAGAAGCCACUGGUCUUAGUGCUGAACUCCCCCCAGCUGCUGAUCUGGAAGAUCAAGACGGAGAACCUGGCCCUGGGCGUUAAACGAACCUUUCAUGUGUCCGAGGGCUCAGAGGUCCACUUCCAGCCGGGAAACUUCUCCCUCUCCUGCCAGAUCCAGAAGGAGACCCUUCCCCAUGUCAACGAGCACCUCCUUAAGUGGGCCCAGAGGAAGUACAGGGCCGUCACCUCCUUCUCUGAGCUCAGGACGACUCGAGACAUCUUCAUCAAAGUCGGAGAAGAUCACGUUUUUUCUGACACCUGCAAGAUUGAUACCAAGUUCCUGUCUCUGAACUACCUGGGCGGCUACGUGGAGCCACAGGCAUCAAAGGGUUGUGUCUUAUCCGGCCCAGACAAAGACCAAGAGGUCCACAUCGUUGAGCUCCAAGCCCCCAACUCCAGCAGUGCCUUCCAGGUGGACGUCAUAGUGGAUCUACGACCUGUGGAGGACGAUGCCCCGCUGCAUCGCAACGUCGUCUUGCUGCUCAAGUGCGCCAAGUCGGUCAACUGGGUGAUUAAGGCCCAAAGGGUGAUUGGAAAGCUGGACGUGGUGGCCUCUGAUACCGUGAGUGUCAGUCCGAAUAUGGAGAGACUGAUGCAAGUGUCAAAAUUCCCCAAAGAGCUCUUGCCUUCGGGGCCACAAGCCUUGAUCAAGUGGGCAGGGGAUCGCGGCUACGGCCCAGUCACGUCUUACACAAGCACUCCUUUGGCUAACCACUUCAACAUCCGACUCAGAGAGCUAGAUGUGUUGGAUCCUCUGGGAAGCAGGUUGCCUCCAGAGCUCUCCAUCCUGCACGACUCCAGUCCCCAUCCAAGACCUGGAGCUUCAGCCCGGCGCUCCAGUCUGCCCUUCCCCUUCCCCUUCCCCCUUCCCUCCUUUUCGGACCACCCGCCCUGGGAAAACAGGGAACCCGAGGAGCAUCAGGGCGUCCUGAGUGUCGGCAUCAGCGUGCAGUGUGAGGACACGAGGAUGGUGGUCAGCAUCAAUAAAGAAAGCCUGCAGGCGAAUGGGUUUAUUCAUGCCAACCUCACUCUCAACGACCCAGCUUGCGAAGCAACAGUCAAUGCCACCCACUACACUUUGGAGACUCCUCUGACCGGCUGUCUGACCACCGUGUUUCCCAUGCAGGGGAGCCCAAUGGCCUUACACAUCAACUCUGUUUUGAUAAGCCAUGCUGAGAUCAAGGAUGGGAGUGGCAGGCCGCAGGAUUACGGGGAUCUGGAAUCUGGAGAUGUGGUGUCCCCGAGCGACCGGGUGGAGACAGAUAGGACCUUUACGGAGCCGGCAGAGCAUCCGUCAGUCAUAAAGUUCAACUGCACGUACCGUAAGAAGCAGGAAACCUCAGAAACCCUUCCCAGGAUUGUACCGGGGCCAGGAAAGCAACCGGCGGGCAACACAACCUUUAACAUGGACUUGUACAACACACUGCCGUUCAACAAACCCUCCCGCCAGGCCUUCUACACCGUCUCGCAUCAGCAGGAGGUCUUUGUGGAGGUCUCAUCAGCUGCAUCAGAUCCAGAGCUGGGGUUCAUCCUCGUAUCGUGCUUCAUUUCUCCCAACUCCGACCCCAGUUUGCCCUACGACUACACUCUCAUCGAGACCGUCUGCCCCACAGACGACUCAGUCAAGUUCUAUCCUCAGAAGGAUUUCCCUGUCCCUCACGCACCGGCAGAGAAGAAGAGCUUCAGCUUCACCUUCAACUCAAACUUCAACACGUCUCUGCUUUUCCUGCACUGCGAGAUGUCUCUGUGCUCCAAGAGAUCUCAGAGCAACCGGAGACUACCAACGUGCCUACAAACCGGUGAGGCCUGCGAUUCCAUUUCCGGGGACAACCUCCUGCCAAUGAUGAUGAACAAAAAGACGUCUACCAAGCCGCUGGUUGUGGUGGAUGGUCGAUCAGAGGAAAUAGGUGGGACAGCUGGAACGCUGCAGGUCGAGAAGCCCCAGCCGGUCUCAGAGAACAGCAGCGCGGCCCACAGCAUCGGCAGCACACAAAGCACGUUUUCAGAGGGUGGGACAGCUGGAACGCUGCAGGUCGAGAAGCCCCAGCCGGUCUCAGAGAACAGCAGCGCGGCCCACAGCAUCGGCAGCACACAAAGCACGUUUUCAGAGGUAACUCCUCCUCAACCCAAAAGCCCGCACGGUCCUUCCGAUCAUGACACGCUGUACGCGCUGGACACUCCGACGGUGGUGGGCAUCGCCUUUGCAGCCUUCGUGAUCGGGGCUCUGUUGACCGGAGCCUUGUGGUUCAUCUACUCCCACACAGGUGGGACAGCUGGAACGCUGCAGGUCGAGAAGCCCCAGCCGGUCUCAGAGAACAGCAGCGCGGCCCACAGCAUCGGCAGCACACAAAGCACACCCUGCUCCAGCAGCAGCACGGCGUAGCCCAGGACGCAGCCCGGCCGCUGACCGGUUUGUUGACCUCCUUCCAUGAAAGGAACUAUAUUUUUGAGGAUGUGAUAUAAAGGAGAAAAGAAAAUAGUAGGGUUUGAAAAAACACACAUCAAUUUUGCAUCCUUUUGUAAAUUCCUUUAGUGCCACUUCAAGUGUGUGCAGGCAAAUAUACGGUCCUGUUGCUACUGGGCUGUUAUUGUAGCAAUCCCACCUUGACAGCCUCACCUCAUAUUCAGUUAAACUAGUAAAACUACAGCACACAAAUGUAAGUUCAGGCAUUUCUUUCCAUUCAGAAUGCUUUUGUUUUGAGGGGUGAGAGUCAUGCUAUUGGUCACAGGCAGGAAAAGCAACCAGGCCGCAGUGAUGUCAGUACUAGUAAGUGGGCUAUUAAUGGCUGGAUUGUAACACUUCACAAUGUGCAUCCCUGAAUGUGGAGCAAAGCAACCACUAUUACCAUGCGGACAAAUGUGCAGUAUGAACAAAAGUUGUCAUCUUGAUACACACCGAGAGACAGAGGGAGAGGGAGAGAGAGAGGCUGGCUUUAGAUGUGAGACAGUGUAGCUAUGAAUGUAUACAGAAGAAUAGAUGCCAAAAAAUGUGAAAGAAAAAUGUGAAAGACAUGCUGGUGAAAUGCCAUGUUUUGUAACGUGUGCAUCCCUCCCUCCUAAUCGAUGUGUACACACAUAUAGUAAUGUUCUUUAGUAGAUGGGCCUCUGAGCCUCACCUUCACUAAUGUUACAUUACAUUCACAGGGACAUUGCUCCCUAUUACCAGUCAUUCAUUGAAUAGCUCAACAUUUUGGGGAAUACGUUUAUUUGCUUGUUAUCUAAAAAGAACGUUAGACAACAUGACUACAUUUCUUGGUGAUAUUGUAAAAUCUCAAAAAUGUUACAAAGCAAAGUGUGUGCAAGUGCUGGUCCUGUAUUUUUGGAAUAGCUUAAACAGUGCGAGAUGCAAGUUUAUACAAUCCUCCAUUUCAAAAUGAUAAAAAAUAAGGAAUCUGGCUGUUGAAUAUGCUUCAACUUAGAAUGUAAAUUAAAGACAUCACAUCCUUUAGGUCCUCGUGUCCUUCACACUAGGGCUCCUGUCUUCAUUAUUCAUCAUUUUAAAACAGCAUCAAAUCUUCUUGUCACGCUCGCAGCUGAAGCAGGAUGCAGGGAGGACUCAAGCGCAGAGUUUUCAAUCCAAGUGCUCUUUAUUUUUAACCAAACCAAAACGUGCUCCAACAACGAGGGACAUUUAAAAAUGACGCGACAGGGGACAACAGGCACACAGGGCUUAAAUACACAAGGGAGGUGCAGGUGAUUGGACACAGGUGGAGACAAUCACGCAAUCACAAGACAAGGCAGGAAGUGAAGUUAACCCAGGACCACAAGAGACAUGAAACUUCAAACUAAAACAGGAAGCGAAGCCAAACCGUGACACUUCUCCUUUGAGAAAUGUUUCUAAAUGAAGAAUAACCUAAAGCGAGGGUUGGUAGUGUUUUCAAAAUUAGCAACCAGGUGUUGUCGACUUCACGAAACAUUUAGCGACUUUUGGAGCUAGCGCUGCUAGCUACUUUGAUUGGCAAAUUGUUUUUCAGAAAUGUAGCACACUCUGCUUUCUCAACAUUUCCAACCCUGUCUUAAGAUGGUGAUUAUUGUUCUGUACACAAUCCAAUUCUUCUUAUCAGGCAGAGUUGAUUUGUUCCACUAUAAAGCCAGACAGUGUACAGACUAAUCUUUUUGUAUAAAUCUUGGCACUGACGGUGUGUUGAAUAAGCUGUAGACGAAACUCCUUGUUUUAAAAAAACUUCCACGGCUACCCCACCGUCUCAGAACGAUAUGAAUGUUUGCUGGCUUCCUUUGACAGUGUGUGUUCUUUGGAGACUGUGUGUGUGGGUAACCAGGCCCUUUGACCUGUCCCUGUAAUUGCCUAACAGACACAAGAAAACCAGAAUGUAUAUUAUCUCAUAGCUUUUGAUGUUUGUUUCUUUUCUUAUGUAAACAUGUGUAAAACUUUCUACAGAGGGAACAGAGUCUAAAUAUAUAUUUGUGUAUAAAAUUAUAUUUUGGAAUAUAUUUACCAAGAGAAAUGUAUUGUCUGCUAUGUGUGUAUGUACUGUGAAUGUGCUCAAACAUAAUACGUGUUUAUGGGGGAUUCAAUCAGUUCAAUUAAUUAUAGCCCCUUGGUCGCAUGUUAUGUGACACUAUAAAGGAUGAACAUUCAAUUAUUAUAAUUAUAACGAACUACAGGCUGCAAUGCAUCCUGGUACACGUAGGCACUGCUUGCAUGGCUCGCUGUGAGCAACGUCUACAUUUACCAUCCACACUGACCGGACAUGCACGUGCAAAGUGUCCCUCCAUCAGGGUGACAUAACAAACCCCACAUCACCAAGUAUUGUCACAACGACACAAACCGCUUAAAAAAAAUAAGGACAAAAAUAAAAACAAUGCUGUAAACGACAGUAGUUAAACCAAAAAAGAAAGUGGAAUGCAUAAUGAACGUUUCCUGUGCAACGUGGAGAACAAAUUCAACCGCUGCUUUGCUUCUGGAAACUCAACCGGUUUCCCUUACCCUCGAGAAAUAAUUGUCAUUGAGUAUUAAAACCACUUGGUUCUGUUUGUUUUCUUCUAUCGGGCCGGUUGCCAUGUCUGUUAGUGCCCAUAGCCUCGGUUAUCAAGUAAAUAUGCAGCAGUGAAACGCUGCUGUCAUCGAGCGGGGAAAGGUCCGUGCUUGGAGGAGCGUCAGCGGUCGUUGUGGGAAGAAGGCUUUCUGACAUUCCUCUACUUUCUGGCUUUCUCUUAUCGACUGUGGCGAAACCAUCUCCUUCGUGUAGUUACCGCUGCCUUCCCGCUUGUGAGCGUGCUUAUGAAAUAUGGAAUAAUGAUGCUGGUUCAGGAAAAAAAGGAGCAGUAUUAUAGCGGUAGAUCACAGGAUGAAACAGUUAAUGCUGACCUGAGAACAGCUGUAAUGGGAAUGUAUGUGGUUAUCGAUUGUAUUUUUUUGAACCAUUUGACUACCUCAUGUUUCUUUUAUGAAUGUGUAAUGUUCGUGCUGCGUGGUGUGUCUGUCUUCUGUAUGAGGCGCUCAUAGAUUAUACUGCGGUUGGUGGCGUUUAGGGGCCCCGCGUGGUUUUCUUUCAGUUUCCCGUCUAUUCUUCAAUCUGAAAGCAAAGGAUGAAGAGUUCAAGCUUUCCCAUGUUGGCAAGAUGGAUUUUUGUUUUUGUGGGGAGGGGAACGAUGUAAAUUUGUAAAACUUUGAUAAGCCUUUAUUAUUUUCUUUCAGGGUUUUGAAACUUUUUAUAUGCUGUAAAUACGCCCGAUAGCUGUGUACCCGUUGUGUCCAAUAAAUCUGUGUAAUAAU